GUCAAAAAGGAGGAGAAGGGAGAUGUUAAAGAAGAAAAGAGCGGAAAUCAAAGAAGAUAAGGAAGAGGGGGAGAAGAGAGAGGUUCAAGUCGAAGAGGAGAGAAAUGCUGAUAUGGCUCCUCCAGAUCUACCCAACUUACCAUGUCUGGCCCGGGUUCUGGAUGGGGUGUUCCAGCCCAGAGAAGCUCACAGCGGGCUCCAGAGUUGCUGUUAGUGAAGCUGGGGGACUGCAGUCAAACAGUGGAAUUCAAUGUGAUUGUCAAGGAGGAAGAGGAGGAGAGAGAAAUCAAUGAGGGGGAGGAGGAAGAGCGAGAGGAUGACAGGGACUCGGUUGACCCAGGAGAGAGCCCCAACCCAGACUCAGUCAACAAGCCCAGUUCCACAGCAUCAAUACUACCACCUGGUUGUGGGAGUUACCCCUGUCCUCAAUGUGGAAAGUGUUUCAGUUCCUCAACUCAUCUAAAGAAUCAUCAAAGAGUGCACACUGGAGAGAAACCUUUCGACUGCUCAACAUGUGGGAAGAGUUUCAGUGAGAAAGUAAACCUUAAGAGACAUGAGAGAGUACAUAGUGGAGAGAAGCCUUACCACAGCACCACGUGUUGGAAGAGCUUCAAUCACUCAGGAAGCCUUAAGGAACACCAGCGACUACAUACAUGGGAGAAACCUUACCACUGCUCUCUUUGUGGGAAGUGUUUCAAUCGAGCAGGCGACCUGAAAACUCAUAAGAAAUCACACAGUGGAAAGAAGCCUACCUGUACUUUCAAUGUGAUUGUCAAGGAGGAGGAGGAGGAGGAUGAGGAUGAGGAGAAGGAAAUCGAUAAGGAAGAGCAGGAACCUAGUGGUGUAGUUGACCCAGAUACAUCAAGACUAUCUGGUCGUGGUCGUUACCCCUGUCCUCAAUGUGGGAAGAGUUUCAGUUCCUCAGGUAAUCUAAAGAAUCAUCAGAGUGUACACAUUCGAGAGAAACCAUUCCACAGUGCCACAUGUGGGAAGAGUUUCAGUGUAAAAGUCAACCUCACGAGGCAUGAGAUGGUACAUAGUGGAGAGAAGCCGUACCACUGCUCCAAAUGUGGGAAGAGCUUCAUCAAUCAUUCAGGAAGCCUUAGACAUAAAAUAGUACAUACAGGGGAGAAGCCUUACCACUGCUCUCUGUGUGGGGAGGGAUUCACUCAGCUAAGAAGUCUUAAAAGUCAUCAGAGAAUAUCCAUUGGAGGGAAGCCUGCCUGUGCUUUUAAUGAAAUUGUCCAAGAGGAGGAGGGAGAAAAGAAAGAAGUUGAGGAUAAGGAGGACAAUAGCGGUGUAGUAGACAGUGCAUGUCGGAGCAAAAAACAAGGCACGAGGUCGAAGGAAUUGUCCGUAGAGCUCCGAGACAGGAUUGUGUCGAGGCACAGAUCUGGGGAAGGGUACCGAAAGAUUUCUGCAGCAUUGAAGGUAAAAUGUCCAUUCUACUCAGGAACACUUCUAGUCUCCAAGUCCACUGAGUUUACACCCCCAGGAACACUUCUAGUCUCCAAGUCCACUGAGUUUACACCCCCAGGAACACUUCUAGUCUCCAAGUCCACUGAGUUUACACCCCCAGGAACACUUCUAGUCUCCAAGUCCACUGAGUUUACACCCCCAGGAACACUUCUAGUCUCCAAGUCCAUUGAGUUUACAGUCCCAGGAACACUUCUAGUCUCCAAGUCCAUUGAGUUUACACCCCCAGGAACACUUCUAGUCUCCAAGUCCAUUGAGUUUACAGUCCCAGGAACACUUCUAGUUUCCAAGUCCACUGAGUUUACACCCACAGGAACACUUCUAAUCUCCAAGUCCACUGAGUUUACACCCCCAGGAACACUUCUAGUUUCCAAGUCCACUGAGUUUACACCCCCAGGAACACUUCUAGUCUCCAAGUCCACUGAGUUUACACCCCCAGGAGCACUUCUAGUCUCCAAGUCCACAGAGUUUACACCCCCAGGAACACUUCUAGUCUCCAAGUCCACUGAGUUUACACCCCCAGGAACACUUCUAGUCUCCAAGUCCACUGAGUUUACACCCACAGGAGCGUCGCUGCUCAUUUUGCGGCCCUUUAAAGAGUUGCCAAUCAGCUUUAAUCCACUUAUCCACCUCUAG